AUAUAUUUGAUGCUUAAGUUAAGUUGUUUGUCGUUUGCGCAGACAUUGUUUGAGCUGAUCAGGUUCCGUGAAGUUUUUAAGGUUUUCCAACAAAUCCAUACAAACAAUGGCGGAUCCAGAGGUUGCUGCGGCUGGAAUCGUGAAAAAGAGAACGUUCAAAAAGUUCUCAUUCAGAGGAGUCGAUCUUGAUGCUCUUCUCGACAUGUCUACCGAUGAUCUUGUCAAGCUCUUCCCUUCCCGUAUUCGUAGAAGGUUCUCAAGAGGAUUGACGAGGAAGCCUAUGGCUUUGAUCAAGAAAUUGCGCAAAGCGAAAAUUGAAGCACCAGCAGGUGAGAAGCCAGCAGCAGUGAGAACCCACCUAAGGAACAUGGUCAUUGUCCCUGAAAUGAUUGGAAGCAUCAUCGGUGUUUACAACGGAAAGACCUUUAACCAAGUCGAAAUCAAACCGGAGAUGAUUGGACAUUACUUGGCUGAGUUCUCAAUCUCAUAUAAGCCGGUUAAGCACGGUAGGCCUGGUGUUGGUGCUACCAAUUCCUCCAGGUUUAUCCCUCUCAAGUGAAAAGAUCAAAGCUCUUAUUACAGAGUCGUCGGUGUUAUGCUCCUGUCUUUCGUUUCUUUUUCUUUAGAACUUUUGUCUCUGCUUUUCUGUUUUCUCCUUUAGAUUUUGUUUAAACUCUAGUUCAUGCGUUUAAAUAAUACAGAGCAUUCUUUUUUAUA